ACCCGCAACUUUUUUUUUUUUUUAAGCAAGUGAGCUCCCGAGUGUAGACAUACAGAGCUUUGUGCUUUAACCUUUUAAAAUGCUCAAAAAGAAAUCCAGCAGCAGCAGCGAGAAGAAGCGGAAACACUCGCAGUCCGAGGAGCGACACGAAAACAACAACAACAACAAACGCAGGAGCGAGAACAACGCGGAGCAGGACUCCAAAGAUGACCUCGCUGACCCAGAGCUGGACCGCGUCGGCAGUGACAUUGAGGACGGGGGACUUGACCUCAGCCUGCUGUUCAAGCCCAUCACCGCUUAUGUCACGGACAAGCGGGAGAUGCUGGAGCAGUGUUUCCACGUGCUGGGCGACAAGAAGCUCCGGAAAAUGCUGCCGGAUGAGCUAAAGGGCUGUAGUUUAGAGGAAAUCAAAAAGCUGUGCUGGGAGCAGCUGGAGCCGAUCUCAGAGAAGAAUAUUGCUCAGAUCUUAGCAGGGGAAGAACUGACGUCUGGAAAUUGUGAUGAAAACACAGAAGAGACCUUGGAAAGCCAGCAAGACAAUAAUGUGGACUCGACAUCUUGCCUCAAAGAAACUCCGAAAACUGAGGACCCCAAGCAAGAGGGCGGUGGUUCAAGCGAGGAGAGUGACGUCCUAAGCAUAAACGCAGACACUUACGAUAGUGACAUAGAGGGACCCAAAGAGGAGCAGAAUAAUAAGUCUGUGGAAGGCGCAGUUAAAGUAACGGACAGCAACAGGGAAGGCGCCGAGCCAGUCGUAAACCCUGACCCAGAAAACCCUAAACCUCCCGCACUCUCUCAACCAACAGAGGCAAAGAAAGACAUUCAGAGCGACAUAGACAAAAGCGUCAGCGAGAUUUUAGCAUUAUCGUCCACUUCGGGCAAAGAAGUGGCCGAAGAGGUACAGAGUGCGCCGCCUCCGCCGCCUACAGAUGUUAUUUCACCCGUUCAAGGUGGACCCGUUUUAAGUCGUGCACCGACGACGUGUCAGCCGUCAAUUCAGCAGCUGGAGCUUCUGGAACUGGAAAUGAGGGCGAGGGCCAUCAAGGCUCUGAUGAAAGCAAGUGAUGGGAAAAAACCUUGUGUGACAAAAACGGCUUAGCAUAUUUGAUUUGUUAUUUGUCGGACUGACUCUCCUCUUUGCAACCCCUGGUUUACUGUUCUGUGAGGAUGCCACGUUGUGUUAUUGCUCCAUAUUGGAAUGAUGUUACAGGUUGUUUAAUGUGAAAAAUUAAACGCAUUAAAGCUUGUCCUUCACCUUCUAAAUCUUCUGGGAUGAUUAGUGUUACAGUAAUGGCAUUUCUUAGUGUAUUUUUCUCUCUGGUCACUAGAUGGCAGUGUUAACCUGCCACAGUGCACCCAUGGCAACAUGUCCAAUGUGUGCAGAGAAGAGCAAGAGAUGAUUUGUUUGCUCACAUUACAGUCAGAAUAGUCACAGCAGCAUGGAAGUCGAGUCUUCUUAGUAAUGAUGUAAUUUACUAAAAUAGUUUGGGUUAGAAAAAUUGGUGGAGGUUCUCCUUGAGUCAGUGUUGUUUGUAUGUAGGCUGAGCUUUGAAUGCCAAAGUAGGUGGCAGCAUUGUUGUACUGUCAUGUACAGUAGACACACUUGAUUUUUUCCUCACUGAACAUCUGUUUGACUUGUCAGUCUGAUAAAUGCGUAUUAAUAGCACGUAUAGCCAUCUCCUAACAGCAGGUUUUAAUAGAUAUCUGUUAGGCAAAGAGAACAAAAACAUCUCCCACAGACGAAAGACAAAGAAACCCAUGAAUGAAAUAAAUCAAAGAUAAUUAGACCGGCUUGUCCUCACCUAUACAUCAAGCUAAAGAACCUGCCACUGUUAUCCACCAGAGUAACUUUAAAAUAAUUUUUUUCUGUUUUCUGCACCUCAAUGUAGCUAAAUAGCAUCCUCGUCGUCUUAGUGUUCUUGCUGUAAUUUUUUCCAAAGCUGCUUUGUUCCUGUGUAAACUGUAAGGUUGCGAUGUGUGUGCAAUUACAUGCAGAUGUAGAGCAAAACAGCUCUGUGCCACCACCCCAAAGGAGACAAUGAAACGUAGGAUAAGAAGCCAGUUGCGUCCUGGGUAUUUGCAUUUAAAAGGGUUAUUUCAUGAGAGGAAUGAGGGAGGGGAGGGUUAAAUGCGUCAUUGUCUAUGCAUUUAUGUGCAGGUAUCUUUGUACUCAUUGAUGAUUUGAAGAGGGAACCGUCCACUUUAGUUAAAAGGGAUACAACGAUCCUUAAGUGCUCAUGGUGACUGAUUGGUGAGUAUUUAUCGGUGUCAUUUUACUGCUAUUAGAACGCCAAUUAUGAUUUAGUCUGAGCAGAUAAAUGGCUUUUUAAGCAGACCUCAGAAUGAGUAGGCUACAAAAUGGAUUGAUGGAGGUGAGAUGAUACUGUUUUGUUGAGGGAGUACUUUUUGAUUUUAAAUGAGCCUCAUGAACACCGUUCAGGUAUUCAGGUAUGACGCUUCCAUGAAUGGUGCUAUUAUCAAAGCCAAAAACAGGGUUCUCGUGCACACUGGUUUAUCAAGUUUAAUAGCUGCACCUGUCAUCUUCUUCAGUGUUGUGACCAAGCGUCUAGCUAGCGAUGCUCAAUACACUGUUGUCCUCAAAUUAUUUGAGGGUGGUUUAUCCUUUAAAUUUUAUAUUGAACUUUUUUUCAAUGUAACAACCUUUCAAAACUUUCAGAUUUUAGGUUGUGCUUAAGAAGGAACAAUGAGCAUAAUGACUCCAGGUACUUGGGUCAUGUACUAGAUGUUCUGGGAUAUGCUAGAUGCUGUGUUUUAGCGGGUGUAGAAAUUGAUUUGACUUGGAGCAUUUUACAUUGUGAUAAAUGCUUGCAGUUGUCUGCAAUCACUUUCUUUCUCUCAGUGUAAGACAUCAUCAAUUUAAACUACUGCUGUACUGCAAAGUCAAGGCUUCUCGAUUGCAUCCCUAAAAAUUAAAGAAGAAAGACGAGAUUGUGCA